UGAUUGCUGGUUCGCGUCAAAUCAAAACAAUUUUGUGAUUAUUAUUUUGUUGUCGAAUUUAAUUAACACUAUGUGCGUCAUUAAUAUCCAGUGAAAAUAUAAUUUUUGGUGAACGUAUUCUCAAUAUUCCUUGUGUCAUAAAAUCUGUAAAAAAAAAUAAACAAAAAUGAGGCUGGCGGGCGCAAUUUUCAGCAAUGUUACAAAAAUGUUGGACUUUUAUUCGCAGUUCAACCCAUCUCCACUUUCAAUAAAGCAGUUUAUUGAUUUUGGGCUGAACGCGUGCGAGAGGAAAUCAUUUCUCUUCCUAAGGAAGGAGCUGCCAGUGAGGUUAGCGAAUAUAAUGAAAGAGAUAGCAUUACUCCCGGAGAAUUUGCUGCGUAUGCCUUCCGUGGGCCUUGUCAACCAGUGGUACGAGAGGUCGUUCGAAGAGAUCAUCGAGUUUGAGAAGAAGGAACCCGAACCGCCAGUACUGUCUCAGUUUUGCGAGCGUCUCGUCAUGAUACGCAACCGUCACGCGGACGUCGUGCAGACAAUGGCGCAGGGCGUCCUCGAGCUGAAGGAGUCCCACGAAGUCGAACCGGGCAUCGAGAACUCCAUCCAGUACUUCCUCGACAGAUUCUACAUGAGCCGGAUAUCCAUACGGAUGCUCAUCAAUCAGCACACGCUGCUGUUCGGCGAGCAGCUGGGCGCGCGGCAGGCGUCCGUGAACGGCAUGGGCAACGGCGGCCGCCACGUCGGGUCCAUCGACCCCGCGUGCGACGUGGCGGCCGUGGUGCGCGACGCCUACGAGAACGCGCGCUUCCUCUGCGACCGCUACUACCUCGCCUCGCCCGAGCUGGAGCUGCUGGAGGACGGCACUCCAAUCGAUCGUCCGAUGCCGAUAGUAUACGUACCGUCGCAUCUCUACCACAUGCUGUUCGAGCUGUUCAAGAACGCGAUGCGUGCUGUCAUGGAGACUCACGAGAACUGCCCACCCCCUAUACAGGUUAAUCUUGUUCGGGGAAGGGAGGACGUGUCCGUUAAGAUGUCAGAUAAAGGUGGCGGUAUACCUCGCAGCGUCUCCGACCUGCUCUUCAAGUACAUGUACAGCACGGCUCCCCAGCCGUCCAAGUCGGAUUCCCACACCGUGCCGUUGGCUGGUUAUGGUUACGGGCUACCCAUAUCUAGAUUAUACGCCAGGUAUUUCCACGGUGACUUGGUCCUCAUGUCGUGUGAAGGGUUCGGCACAGACGCAGUUAUAUAUUUGAAGGCUCUAUCGAACGAAGCAAACGAGUUACUACCGAUAUUCAACAGGACGUCUUCGAAGUUCUACCGCACGACGCCCGCGCCCGCCGACUGGUCGGCGCCCGUGCCCACGCAGGCCUGCCGGAAGGACAAGCCGUCGCUCUCCUACAAGGCGUAGGGGCCCGGGGGACACUGACUGCAUACUUGUGUUGUGUUGUGAAGUAUAACUGAGUGACUUCAGUAAGUGUAGUGCAUUGAUUGUGUGAAAGAGGCAGGAACGCGUUAGAAGAGGUGAGAUGUAGUCUUAAGUGUAAUGAUCGACCAAUUAUACAGUGGUUAGGUAUGAAACUUAAUGACGGUGUAAUUAGAGGCACGAGGAACGGUGUGUCUGUUGGCAGUGCGAGGAGGUUUUAAUACUUACAUUGCCGAUUUUAGGCCAAGUAGACCAAAUAUCAUAAGGUUACCCCUUUGAUCGUAGACCUCCUGAAAGUUCUCGUCAAUAAGUACCACCCUAGUUGGACCACUAUUACAAUUGUAGUCUAUUCCAAUCGAAAUAGGAAUGCGAUUUGCUAACAUCUCAGCUAUAUUGUGCACUACUAAGAGUUUUUGAUUAAUAUAUCUUAAUUUAUAAUACAACACUAUUACUUAACUGCUUAUAUCCACAUUAAUUUUACUUCCAAAGUUCCGAUAAUAGUUUCAUCGACUUUAUUUUUGGCAAAACCAUAAUUAAUAUACAUUAAUCAAGCUCUCGACCAAUGAUAUCGCAUAAAUUUGAUGUCAAAUGUUCAUUUGGCUUUUGACCUCUUGUGUUUGGAAUAGACUAUACAUAUUAAAUAUUUAAUCUCAACAUAUAAAUCCAGUAUAUAAUAGAAUUAUACAUAUUUCAAUUUCAAUCCAUCACAACCUAACCUCAAAUAAUGUCUCUUCCACACAUUGAUGAAUUACUGUAAGAGUGAGAUUUGUGAUUCGGCUUGUACGUUAACAUUAUUUAUGUGACAGAAUAAUAUAAUCUGUGGUAAAAAAAAGUAUACGUCUAAACCUAUUUUAAUUAAUGUAAACGAGGCAAAAUAUGUAUAUAUUUGACAAAUCAAAUAUGUAUAAAAUGUUAGUUAUAUAACUUAUUUUUUUAAUUAUAUUGAGAUGUGAAUGAGAGGUGGUAUAUAAAUACUCUACAAAUUCAAGCACAAUUUAAUACAAUAUUUGAUUGAAUAGAAUUCUGAAAUUUUAAUCUUUGUCAAAUAAACGUAUACUAUCUGAUUGCUCAUUGGUCGAUCAUAACCUAUGACGUAAUAGACGACCAAUGAGCGUACAAUAUUAAACGUAUACAACCAAUAAGCUUUAUGCCCCAAAAAAAAACUGAACUCUGAACUUUUAGAACUUUAAAUAAUCCUUUACUAAUAUACGUUUUGGGCGCAUAUGUGUUAACUCUGACAUUGAUCAGUAUUUCAGAACGGAAUUAUGUGGUUUAAAAAAAUUGAAAAUUUAUAUCUAAUCAGGAUUUCAACUUCCAUUAUAGUCCUGUAGUAUUUUUUUCAAAUGUAAAUAAAAUCAUAUAUAUUAUUUUGUAUAUAUUUAAUUCAUGUGAUACUCAGUUUUAAACACUUUGCUUGCGAGGAUAAUGCCCUAGUAACACCAUUGCUCUUUGAAGCCGGUUGAUUUUAAUCAAUCAAUAAGGAGUAUUCAAAGUCAUUCUUAUCAAGUGUGAAUUUGAUAUCUUAGCUUACAUAGGUCUAUGGAAGAUUGCUGUUCUUCUAAUUCCAAGUAAGAGAGAUCACGAAAAACUAAGUGAUGAAUAAGAUUUCAAUCAGAUUUUGUUUUUUUUUUGUUAAUUUAUUCAGUAUGUUUAA